UUCCAACUGCAAUUGUCAAAGAGAAUUAUGAAUUAUUGAGGGAAACCGGAAUGGAAAGUGUUAAAGAUACAUUUUAUUACAUGUAUUUGAGCCACAAGGAAGGGGUGGAAUAUACCCUAUCGGAGGAUGCUCAGAGUGAAUAUGACAGGAUGGUGGAUUCCUAUGCAGAAUUACUAGAUGAGAAAUAUCAGAUGCAUCUGGAUGAAGACGAAAAUAAGGAAAAUGUAAAUGACAUGGACAUUGCCUGCACUCAAACGAACCUGUGCAUGUCCACCAGUAAAGACACCAUACACGUAUUGAGGUUGGCAGCAGCCAUACACAUUCUCUCUGAGUUCCUUAAAGCAACUCUAAUGAAGGUCCUUGAUUCGAACUGGAAAGCCGAGGACGUCAUAUCACUUGCUUGCCUGAGGAGAGCGAGACUGCUUUACAGCUGUCUUGCGAGACAGAAAUCAAUAUUUGCCCAGUCUGUACAGAGUAUUAACCAAGUGGACUGUGUAAGAUUGAAGAAAGUGACAUCAUUUAGAACCAGGGUAACCAGAGCUGUUGUCUUGAGUCGGGGUCCUGUAAUAACAAUUUACGGAUCCUACAAAGAAAACUCAAUGGAUCUCUAAGGGAUAGUGUUCUCCAAGAAUUAAAGGAACUGGAGAGAGAGGAUUUGGGACUGUUGGUUCACGUGGGGAAAUCAAAGAAGGAGGUGUUUUUAAAAACUGCGCCCUCUAGAAUUUCUGUAGAAUUGUUGAAAAGAUGCAAUGCUACAAUUGAAAUGUAUGCAACAAAUUUCAAGAAAUUUAGUGAGUCAGAAAAGACCCUCAUCAUUAGUGCCCUCCCAAGCCACCCACAGCACGACGAAAUAGUUGACUGGUUCUUAUGAAUGAGUAAAUUGGUUCUUAUGAAUGAGUAAUUGGAAUGUAACAUACGUCUGUGUUGUAUAUCUGAUGUAUAUAUAAAGCUGUGGUGUUGAUGCAGCACCGAAUGAAAAUGAAAAUUUGUAAUGUCAAUGUUUUUUAUACAUGUCUUUUAUGCUGUUGUAACACAAUGGAAAGAAAACUAUUGUAAUAAAUGCAUUACUUAUUGUA